GCCACGUAGAGGUAUUGAGAGACGCGAUUUCUCCAACAAUUUAGAACAUUCGACGACAAGGCCAUCAGGCUCCAACCGCCGCUGCAACUUGUUAUCUCCGGCGUCUUUAUUUGGAGCUAUAUUAAUAGCAAAGAGAGUGUCCAUGGCAGGACAGUCAAGGAAGUGGAUGAUAUUGGUGGCAACUGUAUGGAUUCAAGCAUUCACAGGGACAAAUUUCGAUUUCUCUGCUUAUUCAUCGGAUUUAAAAUCCGUUCUCGGGAUCUCUCAGGUGCAAUUGAAUUACUUGGCUGUUGCCUCUGAUCUUGGAAAGGUUUUUGGAUGGUCUUCAGGGUUGGCUCUCUUGUAUUUUCCAUUAUGGGUGGUUCUUUUCAUGGCUGCUUUCAUGGGGUUGUUUGGUUACGGUCUUCAAUGGCUUGUUAUGAGGGACAUCAUCUCCUUGCCUUAUAUCCUGGUGUUUCUUCUUUGUUUGCUGGCUGGAUGUAGUAUUUGUUGGUUCAACACUGUAUGUUUUGUUCUUUGCAUCCAAAAUUUCCCAGCUAACCGGCCCCUAGCUUUAUCUCUCACGAUAGCGUUCAAUGGUGUGAGUGCAGCCCUAUACACUCUCGCUGGCAAUGCAAUAGAUUCAUCAUCAAACGAUAUAUAUCUUCUUUUAAAUGCUUUUAUUCCCCUCAUCACUUCCUUUGUAUCACUGAUCCCCAUUAUUCGUCAACCAUCUUUAGACCCCCUUCCUCCUGAUGGAGUCCGCCGUGAUUCCCUUAUAUUUCUAAUAUUGAAUUUCUUAGCCAUCCUCACAGGAAUUUAUCUUCUUCUCUUUGGUUCAAGUUCAUCUGAUGGAACGAGAGCUCGUCUACUCCUUGGGGGAGCAAUUUUUCUACUAAUUUUCCCAUUAUGUAUCCCUGGUAUUGUCUAUGCUAGAGAAUGGUUUCACCGGACCAUCCAUUCUAGUUUCAGCAUUCAUGGCUCUGGCUUCAUUCUUGUGGAUGUUGAUGAUCUUGAGCUUCACAAAGAGCUCAUUACCCGUGAGUCGAGUUAUCAUGAAAAUGGAGAUGAAACUAUGUAUGAAAUUAAAAGGCGGAAAAGCAGUAGUGAAAAAGAAGGGUGCUGUGAUUCAAUCGUUAAGAAAGAUCGAUUAGCAAUGCUUGGGGAAGAGCACCCUGUGUCGUUGCUGGUAAGCAGGUUGGAUUUUUGGCUAUACUACACUGCAUAUGUCUGUGGGGGUACCAUUGGCCUCGUGUACAGCAACAAUUUAGGUCAAAUAGCACAAUCACUUGGACAAAGUUCAAACACUACAACUCUUGUAACUCUCUAUUCAUCCUUCUCCUUUUUUGGCCGCUUGCUUUCAGCAGCACCAGACUACAUACGAGCGAAGAUGUACUUUGCAAGGACCGCGUGGCUAACCAUUGCCCUUGUGCCAACCCCAAUAGCCUUCUUCUUGCUCGCUGCAUCAGGCAAUGCAGUAGCAUUGCAUAUAAGCACUGCAUUAGUUGGACUGAGCUCCGGGUUCAUCUUUGCCGCAGCAGUUUCAAUAACUUCUGAGCUAUUUGGGCCAAAUAGUGUAGGUGUCAAUCACAACAUUCUUAUCACCAAUAUCCCAAUAGGAUCACUUGUUUAUGGUUUUCUAGCAGCUGUAGUGUAUGAUUCUCAUGUAAGCUCUAGCCUAAACAUCAUCACUGACUCGGUGGUGUGCAUGGGAAGGCAGUGCUAUUUCUUAACGUUUGUGUGGUGGGGAUGCUUAUCGGUGUUGGGCUUAACUUCUAGCUUGUUGUUAUUCUUGAGAACCAGACAUGCCUAUGACCAGUUUGAAGCAAAACGUAUUUCGAGCAUGACACCACUGUAUUAAGAGGUUGCUAAGAUUAUGGCGUGGUUAGGUUCAAGUAGACAAUGGGAGGCAGAAGUUGUUUAGCUGUAUCAAUGUUUACUUGUACUAGCUACCUGGGGAAAAAAAAUUUAGUUUUGCAGCA